ACCAUCGAGUCUGCACGGUUCAGCAUUUCAGACUCAUUCUACACCAUGGACUCUGCCGCCAAGAGAGCCGAGGUCCUCGACCAGAUGGUCGCCAUCACGGCUGCCGAUGGCGAGAUCGGGAGGACAAGCUGUGAAGAGCUCCUUCGGGCCUCCGACUGGAACAUCGAGCGAGCUAUAAAUCUGCACUAUUCGGCUUCCUCUUCGACACCUCACCGUCGCCAAGCAUCGCCUGCCAGACCUGCAUCCCCUCGACGGACGGCUUCGUCAGGGUCAUCAUAUCCGCCCUCUCCUCCUAGCAGCCGAAACCAAAGCACCCCGAUCGUCGCAAGACUCGGUCUGGGAACGGUCUACGGUCUCUUUCUGCCCGUCCGCUUCGUAUUGCGGAUCCUGAUCGGGUUCUGGUACAUGUUAGCGAGGACCAUCGUUCCAAACUCUAUUCUGAGCAUAUUACCUCGACUCUUGGUACCUCCUUCCUCGCAAGGUCGAAUCCUCCCGAAUCCAUCGGCUCGGAACAAGCCCUUUGUCCAGUCCCUACGGGAAGAUUACACUCCAUCCCCAGUCGACCUCGAUCAACUGCCGGACUUUUACCGAGGCCCCUACAAGGAGUUCCUUCGAGGCAUCAGAGCCGAUCCCAAGCUCGGCGUGGUCAUCCUCUGUUGCGCUGAACACGAGGACGACGAGGCGUUCAAGCGGGAGGUCUUGCUGAACGAGGAGCUGGGACGAGUCUUUCGCGAAAAGAAUAUCGCGGUCUGGGCGGGAGACGUUCGCGAUCGCGAGGCAUAUCAAGUCGCCCAGACCUUGCAGAUCACCACGUACCCCUCUCUUACCUUCUUCUCGCUCCUCCCGCCUGCGACCGGUUCGACGACCUCCGCCUCGGUCUCCAACGCCCGACUUACCAUCUUGACCACCAUCGCGGGCUCGCCUGCAACCACGACGUCGUUGCCCUCGAUCUUGCACUUGCUCGAUUCGACCCUGAUCCCUCGAAGUCAACCUUUUCUCGCUCGUGUCAAACGGGAGAGGAGGGCUCUCGAAGAGUCUCGCAGGAUGCGUGAGGACCAGGAUCGGAGAGCCGCCGAGUCGGCUCGUCGAGACAGCGAGCGUAUCAUGGCAUCGCGACGGGAAAGGGAAGAGCGAGAACGCCUGGAGAGGGAAGAGACGGAACGGAAACAGAAGGCUGAACGGGAACGGCAGAACAAAGAGGCUCUGGAGAAGAAGUUGAAGGACGACUUGCUGCUAUGGAGGCGGUAUCAACGGCGACGAUUCCGAGAGAUGGUCGAAGUGCCGGCCGAAGACGUCAAGGCGGGUCUCGCCGUGCGCAUACAGCUCAGACUGCCGCAAGGCAACGGACCUGCGCGGAACAUCAAGGUGUUCAGAAAGGACGACGAGAGCUUGGCCGACAUCUUCAGAUGGGCGGAGAGCCUGCUCUUGGCCACCGACAAAUCGCCCGACGAGGAUCCCACCAUAGCUCCAUCAGGCUUCGUCGAUCCAUACGCAUCCGCCGACACCAACGGCGGUGAAUCAGUCUCUCAUACCCCAGUCAAACUCUUUACAAGCUAUCCGCGCAAAGAAGUCGACCUUCGAAGCGGAUCUUGGGAUAUCAUCAUGCAGGGCGGCGGAUCUCUUAUCGUCGAGGUGGACAGGUCCGCCAGUCGAGACGCCGAUGACAGCGAGUACGAGACGGACGACGAGGAUUGAUUUUUGUAAAGACUUGGUUGAUACCAAUAGAUUUUGGUCAUGUUUCGAUUGUGAUCACAUCGUCGUUUCACAAGUCGCCGACCCUCUGAUGAUGACGUCUUUUCUCGAUUUUCGCGUCGCCGAUGGCCGAUCUUGGAGACGUCGCUUCCUUACGAAUCUCGAGAUUUGAAUUUGACCAUUCAGCUUUGAACAAUCGACUUUAU